AUGAGUUAUAAAACUACCAUUAUAGGGCUAUGUUCUUUAGCGCUUAUAUCUCUGCUACCGCCACUGGCAUGGCAUUCACACUCAAGAAAUAUACCUGCAAUAAUUUUAAUUACAUGGUUAAUCAUAAUGAAUAUCACCUGUAUUGUUAAUGCGGCAGUAUGGAGUGACCUAGACUUUAUGAACCGUUGGGAUGGGAAAGGUUGGUGUGAUAUUGUAAUCAAAUUACAAGUUGGUGCAAAUAUUGGUAUAUCCUGUGCCGUAACAAAUAUUACAUACAAUUUACAUCAAAUAUUGAAGGCUGAAAAUGUCUUACUUCAGUCAAACUCAAUUAAGAAAAUAUGCAUUGAUUUAUUAAUCAGUUUAUUAACACCAAUUGCUGUUAUGGGCUUUUCAUAUUUGUUACAAGUGUUCAGAUAUGGUAUCGCAAGGUAUAAUGGUUGUCAAAAUUUACUUUCUCCAACAUGGAUCACAACUGUAUUGUACACAAUGUGGAUGUUAAUCUGGUCAUUAAUUGGUACAGUGUAUGCUUGUCUAGUCUUAUAUGUAUUUUACAAGAAACGUAAGGAUGUGAGAGAUAUUCUACAUUGUACAAAUUCUGGUUUAAAUUUAACUCGUUUUGCAAGACUUUUGACUUUCUGUUUUAUAAUUAUCCUAGUCAUGUUCCCAUUUUCAAUAUUUACAUUUGUUCAAGAUUUAAAACAAGUUAGUGGGACUUAUGAUUUCAAGAGUACACAUUCUGAAUCUUUUUGGAAUGUGAUUAUUAAAUUCGACCCUGGUAAGCCUGUCUAUGGUAUAUGGCUUUAUGUUUUAAUGUCAUACGUUGUGUUCUUUAUCUUUGGUCUUGGAACAGAUGCAUUAAACAUGUAUUCCAGGUUAUUACGUUUCGUGGGAUUGGGUUCUGUUCUUGAUUUCUUCAACAAGCACAUCCAAAAACGUAAAACUGAUAGAGUUGGUAAAUUGUUAAAGAAACUAACAGGUAAAAACACGGAACAAUCUGAUGAUAUUUACAAAACAGAAGGUUACGUACAAGGAUUCGAUGGUGCAAUGACAACACCAGUAUCUGAAAAUUAUGUAACGGUCGAUUAUAAACUUGGGAAGAGUGAUAACUGGAAAAAUGGUUAUUCUGGAAGAUUUAAUCCAUUCGAUGAUGACGAAGAGCCAACGUCUAGUUCAUUCGAUAAGGAUUUGGAAGUGGGAAAUAAAAGUUUCAUGCCAUAUGUUACAAAGGAGUAUAACUUUAUGGAUGAUAUUUCACUAGAAGAUUUAUCUAGUCUGAAUAAGUAUACUACUACUGAUGGGUCUACUUAUGGAGAAAAGAUGAGUUUCUCAACAUACGAACGUUCUGCAAAGUCUGAAGAGUAA